AUGAGCGCGCCUCAGGAAGCAUCGUCCCCGAUGCCGACGGAGCACGUCCCCGUGGUCAUUGUCGGGGGCGGCAUCGGAGGCCUGACCCUUGGCGCGCUCCUGCGCCGGCUCGACAUUUCCUUUGUCAUCCUCGAGCGCACGCCGGUCGUGACGCCGCAGGGCGCUGGCAUCUCCCUAGCCCCAAACUGUCUUGCGGUACUCGAGCAGCUAGGCCUGUGGCCAGCCAUCCAGGCCAACUCCCAGGAGCUGCAGGGCAUACGGGUCUAUCGCGAGCGGGCCUGCUGGGGCACCAUCGACUUUGGGCUGGCCAAGCGGUGGUUCGGGUACAACGUCCACUCGAUUGAGCGCCACGAGUUCCACCGCUACCUGCACGAAGCAGCCGGGGGCGACGACAGGGUCCGGCUGCAGUGGGACGUGGUCGACAUUGACGAUGCUCCUGAUCGCAGAUCGCCCGUCCGCGUCGUCGCCAAGGACGGCAGGGUGCUCACCGCGGAUGUGGUGGUAGGGGCGGACGGGAUCCGCAGCGCCACCCGUCGCAUCCUGGCCGCCACGAGCGGUCUCCAAGGCCACAACACCAUCCGCUUCACCGGCCGCGUCCACAUGUCGGGCUAUACCAAGCCCCUCGAGAACCUGGGCCCAGACGACCUGGGGUUCGGCCACUGGAUGCUGUACUCUGACUCCAUCCUGACAACCUGGCCCUGUCGCGACAAUCGGCAAUGGUUCAUAGGUGUCAAGCACGCCGACUUGGCCCCAGGGGAGACUCCCGAUCGAUCAGUCUGGAAGGGCGCGACCCCGGGCACGGUCAAUAGCGUGUACGGUGCCAAGUUUCAUCCGUCUGGACCCGAUGGAACAAUCAAAUCGAUUGUCGAUCAAUCGGAGCGUGUCGUGGCCAGCAACGUCUUUGCCGAAGUCGACUUUCCCGGCAUGACCAAGGGCCGCGUUGCGCUGCUAGGCGACGCGGCUCACUCCAUGACCUCCUUCUUCGGGCAAGGAGCGUGCCAAGCGAUCGAAGAUGCGGCGGUCCUGGCCGACGCUAUUGUCGCCCUCCUCGAGGGAGACACCACAGCGCUGCAGGCGUACGCGCACGUGCGCGAGCGUCGUGCCCAGGAGGUGGCCGACUUCUCCGCACGGUACGCACAGGUCCACACGGCCAAGCUACCGCUGGGGACCGGCCCCCUGCUCCGGUACCUGAUCUACAGGUGGGUACCGAGCAGCGUGUGGAUGUGGUACUUGCAGUGGCUUUACGGACACCAGCCCAUCUCGAACGCGAGUAAGCUGGACCGUCAAUGUCGCGCCGAUGCGGACAGGAAGAAGAUGAUAGCAUGA